AUGACAGGAAUUCAAUUAAAUACAAUUCUUUCACAUUUAAAAACUUAUGCACCACUUUAUCUUGCUGAACAAACAUGGGAUAAUGUUGGAUUACUUGUUGAACCAAAUAAUGAUAAUCCAGUAAUAGAAAACAUUUUAUUUACAAAUGAUUUAACUGAACCCGUACUAGAUGAAGCUAUUGAACGACAUGCUCAAUUAAUUGUUAGUUAUCAUCCAGCAAUAUUUAGUCCAUUAAAACGUUUAACACAAAAUAAUUGGAAAGAAAGAAUUAUACUUAAAUGUAUAAAACAUGGAAUUACUGUUUAUUCACCACAUACAUCAUGGGAUGCUGUUGAUAAUGGUAUUAACCAUUGGCUUAUAUCAGCAUUUGGAAUAGAUGAACAAGAUUAUACAUCACGUCCAAUUGUACAAGUUAAAACAAAUGAAACACCAUCACAAAAUCAACAUUUAUUAACAAUAACUCUUCCUAAGGAACAUAAUAUUAAUUCAAUUAAAGAUAUCGAUGAUGUGACCAUAAUCAAUGAAAUAUCUUGUAAUACACUAAAUGGACCAGCUAUUCAAUUAUCUAUUUCAUGUUCACCACGCGCUGUUAGUUUAAUAAUAGACUUAUAUCGUAAUGAAGAAAACAUAAGUAAAACCAUUCAAGUUAUUGAUGUUCAAAAACCUUUAGAUUCUCGUCAAGGAUAUGGUCGUUUAAUUGAAUUAAAAAAUUCUCGAACAAUUCGUCAAAUAGUUGAAAACGUAAAAACAUUAACUGGUCUUAAAUAUAUUCGUCUUGCAUUAGCAAAUAAUAAAACAAUAGAUUCAUCAAUAAAAACUAUAGCAGUCUGUGCUGGUUCAGGUUCAAGUGUAUUUUCUCAACUACGAAAUGUUGAUAUACAACUUACUGGUGAACUUACACAUCAUGCUAUAUUAGAUGCUAUACAUCGUGGUACAACAGUUAUUUUAUGUGAUCAUACAAAUACAGAAAGAGGUUUUUUAAAUGUUAUUAAAAAACAUUUUGAACAAAUAUGGAAUUCAAAUGAAAUUAAAUUAUUAAUUUCCGAACGUGAUCGAGAUCCAUUAGAAAUCGUUUAA